AUGCCCCAUCACAUGCAUCUCCACCAUCAAUCUUCACCCAUUCAAAGCACUUAAACUUAAUCAUCUCAUUUCAACCCCCUCAUUUCUCUAUUUACAACACACCCACAAACAUUCCUGUAGACAACCACCAGAAUCCUUCCUGCAAAGCCCAAACUCCCCUCUUUUUCAUAAUCACACACAAUACGCACCAUGUUUUCUUCUCUCAAAAAUUGCAUAAGUCCUGUAACAAAGAAAAUCAAGGAAACAUCAAAGAGAAUAAGAAGAAGAUCCAAGCAGAAAAAAUUACUAGCAUAUGGUGUUGAUUUGUUUACUUCACCAUUUACAUCCAUGGAAGUGCCAAACCAAUUGAAACAAGUGUUUAAACUCAUCGACACCAACGGUGACGGGAAAAUAUCAUCUUUAGAACUCGGAGAAGUACUGUUAUGUCUCGGUCAUGAAAAAUCUACAGUCACCAAAGAAGCCGAAGUUAUGCUUAAAGAAGUUGAUUGCAACGGAGACGGUUUCAUCGAUUUAGACGAGUUCAUGAAUGUUGUGGCUGGUGAUAGUAGUAGUAAAAGCAAAGGUGCAGAUGAAGAUUUAAAGGAUGCAUUUCUUGUUUUUGAUGCUGAUAAAAAUGGGUUUAUAUCACCUAAAGAAUUAAAGCAGGUUUUGAGAAGUUUAGGAUAUUAUAAGUGUACUCUGAGUGAAUGUUCUGCAAUGAUAAAGGGUGUUGAUAAAGAUGGCGAUGGACUUGUCAAUUUUGAAGAGUUCAGAUCAAUGAUGAAUGGAUGCAGAAGUUGAAGAUUCUUCUAAUAUUGGUUGAAGUGAUAUACUCCAUAAUCAGCACAUAAUUAAGGUAAGCAAAUACUUCACUUAAUUUUAGAAUUUCUUUGUUUUCUUCCAAGUAUUAUCUAAGAAAACUUACUACUAAUAAUUAUUCCAAAAAAAUACUAUUUAUGGAUAAUUCUGUAGAUUAAAUUGUCAUGGAAACCAAACAGACCAAUUUGAUAAUAAUAUUCCAUGUGGGGUUUUUUAAUUUCUGAAUGUCAAUAGAAUAUCCUGUUCGGAGGAAUGUUUUAUUUUUUGUGUGUGAAAAUUAAAGUGCCCGAGGAAUUUCUACCUCGAACUGUAAUAAAUAUUAACAUCCUACAACAUUACCAUUCCAUUAUUCCGCGGACAUAAAUAUCUAUCUAUUUUUGCUGUUUUACUUCUAA